CAUUAAUGCUGUAUAGGCAAAUAGUAACAGCAAGCUAACGUUAGAACUCCAAAUUGGCGAGUUUAAAAUUGUAUUUUAGAUUACACUACGCUACAUUUUACGGGCUACAAUUAUAAACAUUAGGGUAACGUUAUCUUACGUUCUAGGUUUGGUAGCUAGCUAGGCUAAGUUAGCUAAAAGUACAAGCUGUAACUAAUCACGUUACUGCUGCCUGGUGGAGUUAGUACCAAAUAAUGUAACGUCAUCAUCAAACCUCCAGCUAGGUAGCUUGCUUAGUGUCCAGAUUGGCACUGUUUUUACAUUGUUUUAGCCAAAGUGACUUUUGACUGUACUGCUGACACGAACAUCCCAAUGACCGACGACUGGAAAUCACUUUUUGCAAGAGGUCGGGUGAUUCCUCCCCACAGCCAGACUGUUCGAAAGGCACAAGAUUCAUGUUUGUCUCACCCUCAAGGCUUCCAAAUCACCCUGAACCAUGUUGAUGUACCGCACAUUCAACAGGAGAAGAUGGAAGGGGAAUCAGAAGGAAGUCAAAAGAGAGAAGCAGCCAAGUAUCAGCUGAAUGUUUCCUUGUUCGAUUCCAGUCACCAGCACUUCUUUGGGAGAACCUGGAAGAGCUUGCCUCAACAGAUGAUGGCUGUCCACAGGGUGGUGUUUAAUGAGGUGCUGUACUUCCACACCUCUCUAUGUCUGCCUAGCGUGGUGGCUGUGGCAGAAUUGGUGGUGUUACAGGCCAGGGCAGACGGCUCUCAGCGGGAACUGGGAUGUGGCUUUGCCGUCCUGCAUCUUUUCUCCAGCAGGACUGAAUCUCAGACUUCAGAGGAGGACAAAAGGUUAUGUUUUUACCAUGGAACACCCAGGGCAUUGCUCCAUCCACUGCUAAGGGACUGUAUUACGCAGAACAAGCUGUUGGUGCCCAUCAUUGAAACUCAUUUGGUGUGCCGCUUGAAGCCCCAUCCUGCUUUGGCCCCGGUCAUACACCUAUUUCCCCAGAACAUGCUGGUGUCUGGAGAUGAGAACAUCCCUGGGAUUAGGCCAUCCCCUACAGGUGAUUCUUUGUUCAAGCCCCACAUGGUGAAGAGCCUCACCUGUUUUCUGGACAGGCUGUCCAUCUCUCUGCAUCCCUCCCUGGAGAAGUUUGAGAGCCAGCUGCUGCAGCUCAUCAACAUGGACUGCCACAACACAAAGCACUGGGGACCGGAGGGCUCGUCGUCCGUAGUCAUCCAGGAGCGGCGGCUCCACGUGGGUGCCCACAAUGGCUGGGGUUUUCUGGAGCGGCCCCAAGUAGUGGUGCUGGAGACAGCUGAGGUCACAUCCCAACAAGGCACCCUAACCAAAGACAACUUUUGUCCCAGUCAGAGCUUGGCUCUCCGCAGCAGUCUGGAGCUCAAGCUGCCCAGUCACCAGGCUGUAGGGAUUGUCCUCCAGCUGGAGUAUGUCUUCUCCGCGCCUCUCGGCAAUGACGGAAAGAUCUCCUUGACUUCCACAAGUCCACGAACAGCCUUCAUGCAGUGCCUCCGUUGGGGGGUGUGGUGCCCCUUCCAGGAGUGGGGAACACUGAGGGCCAAAGAAGUGAAGCUUAGCCUACAGGGCGGUACUGAACCCAACCCGUAUGGAGUCAUGGCUUACACAUCUUCAUCCAACAUUGCAAAUCCUGCCCAGGUGGGGGAUGAGAGGGAUGUGGUCAGGUUUUGUCUGUCAUCCAGGUCAUUACAGAAGGUUGUGUCUAGCCCGGCUUUGUCUCUGAGGAAGACAAGGACAGGACUGCAGGAGAUAGCAGCACAGCAGGGGAACACUUCUUCACUUUCACCAGGUCCAAGUCGGUGUGCCCCUCAAGCAUCUCCAACCGGAUCGCCACAAGGCCCAGGGCUCUCUAUGUCUCAGCUGGCAGCUACUUCACGCUACCCAACCAUGAGCCACUCCACUGCUGCGUCGCCAUGGCAACAGCCGUUUCCCUGUCAGCUCUAUCCUUCCCCAUUGGCAUCGGCCCACCAGCUGUCACAUGUCGAGUGCCCAGCUGUCAGCCACAUUGCCCACCUAGAGGUGGGGUCCUCUGGGGAUGGGUCCCUUGGGGAUGGUCUCUCUGGUUCAGCAUUGGCCUGCGAUGGCCCCUCUGAGCUCCAGGAGCUAGCAUUCACCCCUGUCCAUGCCCCAGUCAUCACCAUGGGAAUGCAAGCCACAACCAAAUCUUCCUCUAUGAGUUCCAGAGGCUCCCUGGCACACCUCUACUCGGCUGGUUUCCCCAACAUCACAGACCUCAGUGGGAUGGUGGCUGAAGUGCUUGACCCGACAGAACCAGUCAACUUUGACCCUCAGAAAGAGGAGGCAGAUCCCCUCCAGGGCAAUGUGCUCCUGCUGCAGUUUCUGGCAUUUUCCAGGAUACCACAGCAGGGGGUUAGGAGCGAAUGGCCAGACUCUGUCCAUUUCACCUUCCAGCUUUACCGUUUCCCGCCAGUAACAACACAACGCCUGAAACUACUGGCGGCCGAUAAGCAGCUGAAGAAAUCCAGCGAGACGCCUCCUUGUGUCCUCGCUGUCAUUAACCAGGACGGAACAGUUAACUCUGGCUCCCCAGGGCUUCAGCUGCAGUUUUGUGUGGAUGGGGCUUUCCUGAAGCCAGGUGAGAGGCGCUGGUUCCUGCGCUACUUGGCCCACCACACGCUGCUGGUAGAUGUAUGGGACAGCAAUUCACUGCUGCUCAUUGGCUCAACAGCCCUGGAGCUUAAGCAGCAUAUGUUACGUCAGGGCCGCCCGGCAGUGCAGGCCACUUAUGAGCUGGAGGUCAUCACCACAGAGUAUAUGGGUGAAGGUGUGCAACUGAGCCUGCAUCAGGCCCCCACCCCCAUCAGUGUCUUCACCACAGUCAAGGGCCGGCUGCACCUUCGCCUGGGCAACGUGGGAUGUCCUGUGAAUCUGAACCAUCCUAACAAACUCCAGUGUGUCCAACUGGCCCACAUAAUAUCACCUCAGGAAACCUCUAGUGGUUUCACCGGGGGCAGCUUGUCCUCAAAGAGCAUCCAGCAGCUUAACGUGUGUAACAUGGCGCGGGCCCAGAGGCUGGUAGAGUUGGACAGAGACCUUGUGACGCUGCUCCAAAGCCGUGUGAAGGAAGACAGAGGGACAGCCCGCACUAACACCCCCAACUGGGGCAAGAUGGACAACGAACGCCAGCGCAAGCUUAACCGCAUGGUGGCUGUGCGGCAGCAGGAGGGUGGACAAGAUAGCACUGAUAGACAGGUCAAGACGAAGGCCAUGGGCCGCAGAGAGGAGCGUGCCCAGUUGGCGCGCGAUCUGCGCCUGAUGCAGGCUUACAGGGAACGCAGCAAGGCCGAGGGCAUCACCCACAUGCUUUGCCAGGCCAUCACCACACACCACACCCUCUUCGCAUCGCUGGGCACCGCUGAGUACCUGGAGUACGUCCUCCAAAACCCCUUCAGUACGCCCCAGACCGUCACCAUCCAGAGCGACGACCCGGAGCUGAAUGUCAUAACAGACUGUGAUGAGUGGAGGCAUUUUAGAGCGCUUACCAAAACCUUGACCCCUUUGGAGGAGGAUAUGUUCCAUCUGAGAGAGGGCACACUAACCCCCCAGGUGUACCUGCGGCCCAAGGAGAGUGUGCACAUCCCCUUCAAAUAUCAGACGUUUGUCUCAGACCACUCUGUGGCCCCCCAGGGCCCGAGUCUCAUACCCAGCGGUAGAAGUAGUCAUGUGGCCAAGAAGCGCCUGCCCAACACUGUGCUGGCCAAGUCUAUCAAGGUGACUUUCAGUGCCGAGGACGGCAAGCCUCUGGCCAUCUGCCAGGUGAACGUAGAGCCAAUGCCGCACGCCAUCGACCAGACGUUCCGCUUUUACCAGCCAGAGCUUUCCUUCCUGAAGAAGGCCCUCCGUCUGCCCCCCUGGGAGAGAACACAAGAUGCUGGGUCUCAGAUCUCUGUGCGCUGCAGUGACCCCAAUGUCAUCUGUGAAACGAAAAAGUUGGCUGCAGGGGAGCCCCAGGAUGUGUAUUUAAAAGUGCCAGGGAGUCCAAGCCCACACAUCCGAAAGUUCUUUGUCACGGUAUACAAGGAUGGGUUAAAGAGGCCCCACUACUCAAUCUGGAUUAUUGGAGUCAACAGAAACUUGAGUAAAUGUGAUAAAUGGCUUGCAGUGCCUGCCCAGAUCUGGCAGGUGUAUGUACACUUCCUGCAUCGGGUGGAUAUCAGUUGCGUGACUGGCCAGCGGACCUGUCAGUCACUGGUGCUUCGGGGCACCCAGGCUAUGCGGAAGGUCCAGUGUUACACCUCGCACCCGGAAGAGCUCAAGGUGGACCCAGCAGAGGUGUUUGUCCUGCCCCCGGGAACGGUACAGGACCUUCAGUUGUAUGUGUGUCCUUUGUGGGCGGGCAGCCACUACUGCUACCUCAAUGUUGUGGACGUGGAGCAACACACUCUAGUUGCCUCCUGGCUCCUCAGCCUCACCUGUCGUCUGCCCGUUCUCUCCAAGACUUUCGAGGUAUGUGCCCCUGUAGGUGGGGGGCGGGGCAGUACGCGAAAGAUCACCUACACCAACCCCUACCCCACCAGCCGCGUUCUCUUGCUGCACUCUGACCACCCAGACCUGCUCCAAUUUAAAGAGGACCGCUUUGAGAUUGGAGGAGGGGAGACCUAUAGCAUUGGGCUGCGUUUUGCCCCCAGCCAAAGUCCCGGCGCUCAGGAGAUCCUCAUCUAUGUGAACAACAUAGAUGAGACCACAGAGGAGACCUUCUGUGUGAAGGUGAAAUAUACCUAAAUGCACUGCGACUCAACUGUGCACAUCAACAACUACAGUACAGAACAAAAUGGUUUGCAAUGAAAGACAGCUCAGAAAUAUUCAGUAUAAAUGAGCUACUCAGAAGGAUUAUUACACAUGUAUAAUUCAAACAUGCAGUCUUGUGUUCUAUAACUGCCUCACCACACAUGAACUAUAUAUUUUUUUAUAGAUAACCUUUUUCCAUUGUAUGUUAAACAGGUGAUGUUUCAGACCUUAGUAAGACUUGUAUGUCUAGGAAUACAUGUAAUGAAGAAGAAUUUAUUGCCUGGAAAAACAUGUUGUUGUGUUUGCAUAGCAUUACACUAAAAUGGGUCAUGUUUCAAGAAUCAAACGCAUCUACAGUAUAGGAUGCCAAAAGAAAGGCCCUGAAGAGAGUACCUGUUAUCUCCAAACACUGAACAGCUAGAGGUAAACACACACAAUUUCACUAAUUACAUUUUACAUUUAAGUAAUUGAGCAGAUGGUCUUUUCCAGAGCAACUUAUAGUAGUGAGUUCAUACAACCCCCCAUCUCCAUGGAAAUUGAACACACAACCUGGCAUUGCAAGCACUAUGCUCUAACAACUGAGCUACAUGAUUCAUUGUUUUCAGGCUCAGAUAUGUGUGCUUCUUUUUUAACAUCAGAAGAUUACCAGACACCCAACAGGUGUGUGUUUGGACCCCUGCCUUGGUGCAACAGACAGUCCAAUCAAGAAGAAUGAUCCUGUCUUUUGUUUUGUGUCAUUCUUUAAUUGACAGUUUACUAAAGUGAAAUGAUUAAGGGGGAUGUAUUUAUCUUUGGAUGCAGGCAUCUUUUUUUCCCAGACAACCACAGAAACCUUUAUUGGACUAGGUUUAAUUAGAUUUUCCAAAACAACGUGUCUUUUUGACGAGGCUCGCCUCUCCGUUCCAUAGCUCUCAUUAACGUUGGCAUCAACCCUUUAAAAAUUCUCUUCUCCUUUUCUCUUUCCCUCCCUCCACCUCUCCUCUUUUCCACAUGCCUCUCUUUUCCUAUCAGAGCCUGAUUCCUGAACAUUCUGUCAACAACCCAUCUUAUAUAAGCAUACCGCGCGAGUUACACAACCUUUCUCUCUCUUCCUCAUUAGAAUGCAGGCAGCAAAAGCAUAUACUGCUCAUAUUCAGGAGAGAAGGUGAGAAGAGAAAGAAUUGAAGGUAUGAAAUAGGUAUUUAAUAUUUUAGUAAUUGUUUUACAUAACAUUUAACUUUUUUCUAUGGUUUGGACUUUACGUGGCUAGAGAACUAUCCGUUUUUUUUAUUCAAUUUUUAUUUUCCUGUUUCAAGAUUUCCUACAUUAGGCUUAGUUCUAAUCAUCCACAAUGAAACGCUGUGACUGCCACCCCAUUCUCUAUAUAGUGUAUUCUUAUUACACUGCUUAGCGCACUAUAUUGCAGAACAGUGUGCAAACUCUGACGGAGCCUUACAUUUUCACUCACACGCGGUCAAAGGCACAACAUGGUGAUGGCUCUUGGCGUGUUAGUAAGAAGCCCUUGAUGGAGUGGGUUUACCGUUCAUGUCUACCACCAGCACUACCCGGUUCAGUGGCAGCCUCCCUAAAACACACCAUCAAACACAGACAGAUACACUCCAGCACAGCAGAAGUUGCACGAUGCUUCUGUGGGUUUGAAUGUGGAUUGGCCAGAAAUAAUCUGCCAUGUUUACGAGAACACCAAAGAGUAGUAAAUAUCAAAGGCGGAGUAAAGGCUGGGGUAGAUUCUGUUCAAGUCUUAGGUACUCUGUUCAGUUGUGACAAGCAAUGUGGUUCUGGUUCAUGGUUCAGUGUGGUGGGAAAGUGUGUGUGUGUGGGUGCAUGUGUCAGAGCGAAAGCCAGUGUGAGAGGAGGUUCUUUCUGUCUGCAAGAGUGAAAACAGGAGAGAGAACGACCAAAGAGAAUUUAAAAGGAGGAGAGUGGAAGCAGAAGCAAAAUGAAAGCAAGAGUAGCAGCUCUUUUAUGUCAUCAAAUAGGACUGGCAGGCCAAAGGGACUCUCGACAAUCAGAAUGGAAUUCAAUUACCUGUGUGGGAAUUAUUGCAUUAGCCGUUUGCUAACAAUAAAUAACAUCAGCCAACUCUAAGCACAAAGGAAUAAUGCUGGGCUCAAGGAAUUUCUUUUCAGUAGAUGGCAGUCUUACACACUUGAAAAUACCUCUUUCCUUCUCUCUCUUUCUCUCUUUUCUGAAUGAAGUUUGAGCUUUCACCUCGAAAAUACCUCUUUCCUUCUCCAAUUUUCUCUUUCUCCCGCUCUUCUGAAUGAAGUUUGAGCUUUCCCCUCAAACUGGAUGAGGAUCUCUACUAUCAUCAUAUGCUUGUGCGGCGAUUGCAUGUCUGCCUCAAUGCUUCUGUAACUCAAUUCAUGAUCAAUUUCUGUCCCCAUUAUUUUGUAGCUUUUCAUUUUUGUUAAUAUAUUUAUAUUUUUGAUAUGCUAUGU